AUGUGGGGAGAGCUGCUUGAACUAGAAGCCAACACCACAGAGAGCAGAUCUGUUUCAUUUGAACACGUGGAUCCAGCUGUUCUUGAAGCUGGCCCGGAAGAAAAGGAGCGAAUCCGUCACAGAUUUACUGGAGACCAGGGUUACUUCAUCCGGCUCCAGCCACAGAAAAACUGGCACAGACGAAUUAGCAGUACGGACUGGGGUCUCCCUACUACCCUUCAGGCUUGGCGGCAUCACCUUCGACUACCUCGCAUUCUCCCGGCGCUGACAGUCCCGGCUCCGGACCUCAGGGUUGGAAGCAUGCUGGGCUGUUGGAGAGCUCGAGCUGCAAGCCACCGAGCGCGAGCUCGAGCGCGGUGCGCUGGUCGGGGAACCCAAGAGCGCACGGCGCCCCAAGCUGGCAGGCGCCGCGGGACCCCCCACCCUCGCCGGCUGCCCUUCCCCGGGCGCCCCUACCCUCCUCGCCCGCAGGAGACCCUGGGCUUCCCCGGAGGAGCUCACCCCAAGGGGCCAGGACUCCGGCGAGCCCGCCACCGUCCCCUCGAGUGCCGCCGCCACCACCGCAGCCGCGGGAGCAGCAUGGUCCAGCUGGGGAAGCUGCUCCGCGCCCUGACUUUGGUGAAGUUUCCCUGCUGCGUGCUGGAGGUGCUUCUGUGCGCGCUGGCGGCGGCGGCGCGCGGCCAGGAGAUGUACGCCCCGCACUCCAUUCGGAUCGAGGGGGACGUCACCCUCGGGGGGCUGUUCCCGGUGUACGCGAAGGGUCCCAGCGGAGUGCCCUGCGGCGACAUCAAGAGGAAGAACGGGAUCCACGGGCUGGAAGAGAUGCUCUACGCCCUGGACCAGAUCAACAGCGAUCCCAACCUGCUGCCCAACGUGACGCUGGGAGAGCGGAUCCUGGACACUUGUUCCAGGGACACUUAUGCGCUCGAACAGUCGCUCACUUUCGUCCAGGCGCUCAUCCAGAAGGACACCUCCGAAGUGCGCUGCACCAACGGCGAGCCUCCGGUUUUCGUCAAGCCCGAGAAGGUAGUUGGAGUGAUUGGGGCUUCGGGGAGUUCGGUCUCCAUCAUGGUAGCCAACAUCCUGAGGCUUUUCCAGGGUGAGCGGCGAAGCUGCCGAGCGCCCGCGUCGCUGCCACGGCUGGAAGACAGACGCCCCCCAAAGCCCUUCGCCUGGCUCGGACCAACGGAGCCGGCAGCCCAGCACUCCGGAGAAUCUUGGUACCAGGACCACACAAGAAAGAACGUGGAGUCCCCGUGGCUAAUCCAGCAGAGAGAAAAGGAGGAACAGAGAUGCGAGAGAAAAUAAAGGGAACUCUUGGUGCAAUUUGGUGCUGCUGCAGGCCCAAGUCCAGACUCGCAGGCUUUCUGGACCUCUGAGGAAGAUAAGCACUUCACAGAACCUCUGCUACAGAACCAAACAUAUUGAAAUGACUCUUUACGAAGAUACUGAAACAACAGAAAAAGAAUACAUGACGAUUGUUUCUCCUGACGGUUCACUUACCUAGGGGGCCUUUAGGAAACUUUGACUGAUAAAUCUAACCUUUCCUUCCUUGGCAAUAGUUGAUCACACUGUGAGGAAAACAAGUUAGAGAAUGGAAAAAUAAUAUUUGGAUUUCAACGAAAUAAUAAAGAUGCAGGGGCUAUCUUUGACUUUUGCAAGGUGAGAAGGGAGUUUACAUUUUGAUUAUUUGAUGGCAGGAAUCCCUUUUAAAACAGGGCCAGUCUGCAUGAUGCAUUUAAAAAUCAACCUUUUCAAAUAUAGCCAUAACCCCCACAAGAUUUCUUGAUUUCUCUGGGGUCAGAUAAACCAUCACAUCUCACAGUGGUGCCCUGUACAUGAAAGUGAUAAACGUAACCUGGAAGCACGGCAGUGGCUAAAAAUAUGGAGCUGGUAGCCAUUCGCUGAAAUGAUUUUUUGCUUUUAAUUCAUCGCAUAAAAUGCUAAUGUCCAAAUUCAGGCAGGUAGAUCUUACCAACCAUCAAGAGCUUCAGCCCUGCUAACAGCUAAGUAUGCACUUUUAAACCCUACUUUGACUGCUCCAGAAACUUACUGGGUUUCGUUAAUGCCUCUGUUACUAUAUCCUUUGUGUCGUUUUCUUUUUCUUUAAAAACAUAGCUGUGUGAUCUUGGGGAAGUUAUAUUAUUUCCUUGAGACUUGGUUGCCUUCUCUGUGAAUAUCUGGGUAUAAUUUUAGUAUUGCUCAAUAGAAUUUUUGGUGAUAAUGAAAAUAUUCUAUACCUGUACCAUGCAAUGCAGUAUUCAAUAGCUACAUGGAGCUAAUAAACAUCUUUGGAAUAUGGCAAAUGCAA